GCUCCGGGCGGCGCGGAGCUGGCGCCCGGGGAGCGGUUCGCUGGGGCCGGCACUAGGCUGGUCCCCUCCGCGUCCUAUGGACCGCUGCCCUGAGCACCUCUGAACUCCGCUGCACCCCUCUUUCCAACCUCCACCCACCCCCAGCCCCCCGCAGAGCCUCUCCCGACUCAGCCUCCGCCUCCCCUCUCCAGGCCUGUCCAUCUGGCCUUGGACUUGCCGCUCUCUGCUGUCUUCCCCACGCUGGCCGCCACGCUGUUCGGGCACCCUUAGCGGCAUUCCUUCUCCUCCCGCGUCUUCCAAUCCCCUCUCCGCCCUUCUUCCUGCGACUUAGCCCUACCGGCACCAACCCCUGCUCACCUGUCAGGUCCAACCUCGGCCCAUUUCCUGUCUUGUCUCAUGAGCUCCCCUCAAAACAGUACCUCCCCACCCAAGAGGAAAGUGGGGAGACCUCUAGGCCACCUGCCAUGUGACAGCUGAGGGGUGCAGGUUGCAGAAAGCAGCAGUGCGCUCACUGCCCUUCCUCCAGAGUGACCACGCCCUUCUGCCACCAUGAACAGGGCCCCCCUGAAGCGGUCCAGGAUCCUGCACAUGGCACUGAUGGGGGCCAGCCAGGCCUCGGGAGAUGCGGAGGUGGAAACAGAGAAGCCCUUCCUGCUGCGGGCCAUCCAGAUUGCACUGGUGGUCUCUCUCUACUGGGUCACCUCCAUCUCCAUGGUGUUCCUUAACAAGUACCUGCUGGACAGCCCCUCCCUGCAGCUGGACACCCCCAUAUUCGUCACCUUCUACCAGUGCCUGGUCACCGCGCUGCUGUGCAAAGGCCUCAGCACCCUGGCCACUUGCUGCCCUGGGACAGUGGACUUCCCCACACUGCGCCUGGACCCCAAAGUGGCCCGCAGCAUCCUGCCCCUGUCUGUGGUCUUCAUCGGCAUGAUCACUUUCAACAACCUCUGCCUCAAGUACGUGGGUGUGGCCUUCUACAACGUGGGCCGCUCUCUCACCACCGUCUUCAACGUGCUGCUCUCCUACCUGCUGCUCAAGCAGACCACCUCCUUCUAUGCCUUGCUUACCUGCGGCAUCAUCAUCGGUGGCUUCUGGCUUGGUGUCGACCAGGAAGGGGCAGAGGGCACCCUGUCUUGGGCGGGCACCCUCUUCGGCAUCCUCGCCAGCCUCUGCGUCUCGCUCAACGCCAUCUACACCAAGAAGGUGCUUCCGGCGGUGGAGGGCAGCAUCUGGCGCCUGACCUUCUACAACAACGUCAACGCCUGUGUGCUCUUCCUGCCCCUGCUGCUGCUGCUGGGGGAGCUCCGGGCGCUCUACAGCUUCCCCCAGCUGGGCAGUGCCCACUUCUGGGGCAUGAUGACUCUGGGGGGCGUGUUUGGCUUCGCCAUUGGCUACGUAACAGGCCUGCAGAUCAAGUUCACCAGCCCCCUGACCCACAACGUGUCCGGCACGGCCAAGGCCUGUGCCCAGACAGUGCUGGCCGUGCUCCACUACGAGGAGACCAAGAGCUUCCUCUGGUGGACGAGCAACAUGAUGGUGCUGGGCGGCUCCUUCGCCUACACCUGGGUGAGGGGCUGGGAGAUGAAGAAGACUCAGGAGGAGCCCAGCCCCAAGGAGGAGAAGAGCAGCAUGGGGGUGUGAGCUCCCGGGACCUGGAGGACCCAGCGGCGAGCACGCCCAGGGUGGAGCCAGGGAGCGUGGCCCUGAGGGGAUUGGUCACAGACCUGAGGGGGAUUUGGUGGUUGGAAGGGAGCCAGUGUUUGCAGCUGGUUCUGCCCCUUCCCUCUUUCUGGGGUGCUGUCCUCUCCUCAGGUCAGGGGUCCCCAGGGGAGCGGCUAGCUGGUUCUCUGGAUGAGCACAGGCUCUCGGAGUGAAAGCCAGGAGGCUGCACCCCCCUGCUACCUGUCCAAGGCCUUCUACCUCCACGAGACCUUUGGGGUUGGGGAUGGGCCACGGCCUCUAAGGGACAGUACUGGUGAAGCCAGUACUCUUCUACUCAGGGCAGGUGGGUGUGCGACCCCACUCUGGGCCUCUGGAGGGAGUCGGGAAGCCUCGCCUCUCUGUGUGCGGGGGCAGGCGAUGUACCUCUGACCCUCACCCCAAACCUGCCUUCCCUUGGGAAAAGUUUGGGCUGAGAAAAUGGACAGGUAGGUGUUCCGCUCCUCUACCCAGAGACCAGCAGGCCCCAUGGAAGGGGCAGAGGGUCGAGUAUACCCCUGCUCGGCCCUGACACCCCUAGGGACUGCUGGGAGGUAGCCUGGAAAUGGGGUACACCUUGGGGAAGCACCCUUUCCCUACUCUCUCACCUGUACUUCCAGCGUUUGAACAUGGGGGAUCCAAGAGUGUUUUACCAUGUAAGGAGGAUCACUAAAGUGUCCCCCAGUCCCUGGCACCAGUCACCUGGUUCACUCCUCUGUCCUGAGCGACCAUUGCCCCCUGGGCUCAGAGCCCCUGGUACAGCUGCCUGGUUCAGGGAACAGCCCCUUGGAAGUGGCACCUCUCUGCCCCCAGUUCUGAGCCCCCCAAGUUUCAUCCCCAGCAGAAAUGUUGGAGCCAGAGUCUCCCCCACCACCACCACCCCAGGCUACGCUGGGCUUCCCACUUCCCUGUGGGGCAGGUGUCCUGACUGGCUGGGAGCCUCUUUCCUUGGGAGGUGAAGCAGGGGCAUCCCCCUGGAGGCCCGGGACCGUCCCCCUCCCCACCCUCUAGCCUCCAGGUGACCUUCACAGCCUCCUCCCUUCUGUUCAGCCAUCUCCUCAGAGGCCAUUCCCAGUGUUUUCACUCCCUAUAGAAAGAUCUGAGUCCCCACAAUCCCAGGAGGGUGCUAAUGAAGUUGGUGGGGCCUGAUGCCCUAAAUGAUUCGAUUUAAUUAAAAAUUGGACUAAGGCAUCCUGUGUGCUUCUGUGGAGUAAGUAGAGAAGACACGGUCAGAACAGGAUUUCGGAGAGGACUUGCGGAGAAGCGGGGUUCUGUAAAGGGCAGAAACGCUCCUCCCUGCCCUCCCCACGCCACCACACGCCCUGCAGUGAUACCACCACGAGCCCCUGUGGGCAUGGCAAGCUCAGGAAGGAGGAGGCAGAACCCGUCACUGUAUCUGGCAUUUGGGGGGCACCGACCAUGUGCCAGGCCCCACCAUGUGCUCAUGUGAAGACCUGGGUGUGUUUUGAGGGGCUCACACAUAGAAGAGGAGCCAAGGUCUCGUAGCCAUGCACCCACACAGUAACUUCCUGUGCGACAGCCUCGAGGUGGAGAAGCCACCUUCCCGGGGCCAGGCCACCUGCACUGUGUUCUUACCUGGGUCUGCGGAAGGCUCCAGGGAAAGAGCAUCCAGCCACUAAGCUGGGAAAAGAGCAUGUUUGGGGCGUAGUGAGAGAGGGGGUGCAGUGACUUGAGGCCCAAAAGGGAGGGAAGCUGGGUGUGAAAGAACUUGAAUGUGUGGUCAGCCUGACGAUGACUCUCAAUGUUCAAGCCAUCACCAGGUUCCGUAAAAGCUUCCUUUGCAUGAUGAGAGAAAAUUGAGACAUU